AUGGGUUCAACUAAUGACAAUGAUGGGAAUGCAGAUAUGGAUAUUUGCCGAGUCUGCCGCUUGACGGGAAAUGAUGCUCUUUACCAUCCUUGUCUCUGCACUGGUAGCAUCAAAUACAUUCAUCAGGAUUGUUUGUUACAAUGGCUAAAGUACAGCAAAAAGGAUGUUUGUGAACUUUGCAAUCAUAAAUUUUCCUUUCGUCCCCUCUACCGAGCUGACAUGCCUGAACGUUUACCAUUGAGGGAUUUACUGCGAGGAAUAUUUCUGAUUGUUGCUCGAUUCUUGCGACUCGGAUUUACUUACACUCUGGUCUUUACUUGUUGGCUAGGCCUAGUUCCCUUAAUGGCGGCUCGGACUCAUCGACUGGUAUUCUCCGGAUUUAUUUCAUCAAUAUUUUCUUCUCGGUUUCUUCUUUUAUUUUCUGCUGAAAAUAUUGCUAUGGAUAUUAUACGUGGUUCUCUUGUUGUUACUUUGUUUCUAUGUACAUUUAUUUCAUUAGUUUGGCUUCGUGAACAAAUAAUGGUUGGUGGUCCUCCAGAUGUCCUAUAUCUACCCGAUGAUCAGCAAGUAUCAGAUCCAAUAACGCCUCGUCCACAACAAGAUCAACAGUAUUUACCAGUCAGUGAUGAAGAAAAUAAUCCAAGUACUUCUGCUUCACUUAAUAAUACAGAGAGUGAUAAUGCCAAUAAACUAAGCGACGAAGGAACCUCAAAAACCAACAACAUUCCAAAUAAAUCACUUCCAUUACAACAUUUUCAGCCAGUUCAACACGCGUUAAUCCACGAGGAAUCUAAUUCGCAGAAUCAACAUCUCCCUACAGAAGCUGAAAAUUUUGAAGAACAAAAUAUACAACAACAACAAGAUAAUGGUGAUCAGGAUGCAGCCAUUCCUCCUGUUGCAGCCGAAGUGGUUGAACAGCAACGAUUUGCUGAUGAAUUGACCUGGCAACGACUUCUUGGUCUUGAUGGUUCAUUUGCGUUUAUUGAACAUGUUUUUUGGACUAUAUCGUUGAAUGCAGUUUUCAAUAUAGUUUUUCUAUAUUUUCCUUCACAAAUUGGCGCCAGUAUGCUUUCUCUUGUUGGGCUUGGCUAUGGCAAAAAAUUGAUAUACUUUGAAGUUCCAAUUUCGAUUCUUCCUCUGACUGGUGUAACUCUGGAUGAUCGUAUUCGAAGCUUCCGACACUACCCUACUAGUUCAUUCUUUCUUCAUUGGCUUGCCGGAAUGGUUUACGUGUUUUAUUCGGCGUCUUUUAUGUUAAUUCUUCGUGAACUUCUUCGACCUGGUGUUCUUUGGUUCAUUCGCAAUUUGCACGAUCCCGAUUUUAACCCAAUUCAAGAGAUGAUCGAGCAACCAAUAACGCAUCAUCUUCGCCGUUUAGUGGCGUCAAUGACGCUUUUCUUUUCAAUAAUCCUUAUUGUUGUUUAUCUACCAUUGCGUCUAAUAAAUUGGGGUCAUCCAUCGACUCUCCCAUAUGUAUUUUCUGGAUCAGCAGACACUCCACUGGUAGAAUAUUCGUUUGAGCUCGUCCUUCUGCAGGUAAUUAUGCCAACCAUUCUUGAGUAUUCGAAGGCCUUCUCGCUACUUAAACGAGCUGUCCGGUUUUGGUGUAGAAUUAUUGGUGGAUGGCUUCAGCUAGAUUCAUAUUUGUUACCAAGCGAAAAGGACAAAAACAAUGUUGAUCAACGAGAGCAGCAAAGACAAAGAGCUCGCCAACGUCUUAUGCGUGGUGACCAGAAUGAACAGCUUGGACUUUUGGAAGUUCUCGAGGCUAUUGAAGAUGACACAACAGAUGACGAACCUGCUGACGAAAAUGAAAAUGAUCACGUUGAAAAUGACACUACUAAUGCACAAACGAACGAUAAAGAAGCUUCUGAGAACUCUAGUCAAGUGGCUGAUUCUUCUAAACCCGGUGAAUCGAGCAGCGCAACACCUUUUAAUACUGAUAUAGAAAUCAAUGCAGAACACGCAGAACCACAACAACACAAUCCCAAUAAUGUAAUGUUGAAUGAUGAUAUGCCAGUGCAACAACAGAACGAACAAGUAGAGCAUCGCCAAGCUCGACAACGUGUUCAAGAGCAGCGUGAACAACGAAAUUUGGGUGCACAGCAUCAUGCACUUUUGCAUUUUCGUGAUACCGCUUUAACUGUAGAAUAUGUUCGUCCUAAUCUUUUUCCACUAAGGAUUGUGUUAUUAUUAAUUUGUUUUGCCGUAACAGCAAUAUUAUUGGCGCUUGCAGCCUUUCUUAUACCAGAUGAUCUUUAUAGUAUUGCGACUGGAGUAUACAUAUGUUGGAUUUUAACGCGGCUUGUUUCUAUGACCAAAGAAUGGUUGCACAAAGGAUGGAGCUAUAUGAAAAAGGUGUUCAACACUGCUGUUUGGUUAGGUUUUCGAGUUAUUGCUGCAGCUGUUCCUUUGCUUGUUGUUAUUCCUUUCAUGCUUGGAUUCUAUUUUCAAAUGCUAGUUAUCAGUCCACUUAGGGUGAUUUAUGCUGAUGGAAUUUGGAACUUUCAACUAAAGGAUUUAUAUAUUAAUAUGGUUAUACCAAUCGGGAAUGCACUUUCGUUUUUAAUCGCAUUCCCUUAUGUGGCCAGCAAAUUUAUAAUGCUUUUUGUUGAGGCAGAUCGUGAAAAUCAAGUGAUUAUAAUACGCUAUUCAUAUCCAUUUUUUCUUGGUUCUAUUUGUAUAGUAGCUUUUCUUAUCUGGCAAUGGAAAAAAUUGAAGAUGUUGGCACAGAAAAUUAGAAACGAUAAGUAUCUGAUUGGAACUCAACUAGUGAAUUUUUAUCGAGAUAAUACAGCGAUAAAAACAACAAACCUUCAGGCUUCUAAUAUAAUUGACGAAACAAAGAAAGAUGAAAUGAUAAAUCGGAUUUAG